GAAGAGAGAGACAGAAGACAAGACAGUACGAAGCUCCCUUUCACCCUUUUCGUCUUUCGCGAGAGUUUUUGUUGCUCCGUUUUGUUUACCCGAUUCGCGCCGUGCGUGCGUAUUGUGCCGUAUUGUCGCAUCUUAUUGUGCCGUGUCGUCGUGAAAUCCUAUCCGCGUGAAAACAAUAUGCCCAGCAAAAAGAAAAAAUAUAACGCUCGUUUUCCAGCGGGUCGUAUCAAGAAGAUUAUGCAGACGGACGAGGAGGUUGGGAAGGUCGCCCAGGCAGUGCCAAUCAUAAUCUCUAAGACCCUAGAGCUGUUUGUACACUCGUUGUUAACGAAGACUAUGCAGAUCACGAGUGCUAAAAAUGCUAAGACUCUAAGUCCAUCUCAUAUGAAACAGUGCAUCUUAUCGGAGAGCAGAUUCGAUUUUUUGAAGGAUCUAGUGAAGUCUUUGCCUGAUGUGUCAGGACCUGAUGAUGAGAUACCGACGUCACCAGAAACUCCCACUCCAUUACAAAUCAAUCUGCCAAACACAAUUGCUGCAUGUCCUACCAUAACACAACAAACAGAUCCAUUAGAAUAUCAAAAACAACUGGGAUUACCAAUUAGCAUGGAAUCGAGUACGGAUCAUAAAAAUACAAGAGACAAUGGAUCGACUGCAGUUUCAAGUAAUUUAAAUGCCGUUAACCAAAGAGCAGCAGGAGGGCAUUCGCAGGUUCCAGAAUUCCAAAUAUCUGUACCUGCAUCCUUUCAAAUUAGUCAACCAAAUUUUUAUACGGAAGUUAAUCCAAAUGCUAGUAAUCAGCCGACAUCGAACUUUGCUCACACUGCCAACAUUGACGAGGAUUACGACACAUAAUAAUAUCUCUUUAUGAAAUUUAGGAAGUUAAAACUUAUCUUAUUGGAUACGCAUGAUUAGUUGAAGAUUAAGGACAUGCUAGUGCGCGCAACUGAAACAUCUUUCACAAUUGCUCAUACGUUAAAUUAGUUGAUUAACGCUUUCAAAUUGAAGCAACUCUAUAUUUACUUAUGUUUAUUUUUGUACAGAGUGUUUUAAAACUAUGUUAAAUAUAAAAACUAUGUUAUCUAUGGAAUAUUUAAGAUUAGAAAAAUUUUAUCUUAUUUAUUUUUUAAACAGAUUUAUUUAAACAAAAUGAAAAAUUAUAAAUUGUUGCAAACGAA